GAGGAGGAUGAAGAGGAGAAGGAAGAGGAAGAGGAUGAGGAUGAAGAGGAGAAGGAAGAGGAGGACGAUGAAGAGCAGAAGGAAGAGGAGGAGGAGAAAGAGAUGUUUGAUCAUUGGAUGCACAAGCAUCCACUUACUUUGGUGGAAACUCAAAGAGGAAAUCAAUGUUAUGGUUGUGAACAACCGUUUAGUAGUGGAGAGCAAGCUUAUGGAUGCAGCAAGAGAUGUUGGGAUUCAAAAUUAUUUCACGAAGAAUGUGUAUCAAUGGCGAGAAAGAUACAACAUCCAUUGCAUCCUCAACACAUACUCAUCCAAAAACGGCAUCGAUAUUGGUGGGAACGUCAUUCACUUAAGUGUGAAUUUUGUGAAAGGUUGACAUGGGGAAUUUGUUACAGAUGUACAAGCUCAGGAUGUAAGUUUCAGAUGCACUUGAGAUGCGCGCAAGGAGGUGACGUGGUGGAUGCAACAGAAGAUGACGAUGAUGAACAAAGGCGGGCUGUGAUACAUCAUCCAAGUCACCCCAAACAUGAAUUGAAGUUGUUGAGGAGAUGGUGUUCCUUCAAAUGCAAUGCUUGCGGCACCACACGCAAGGGGAGUUCAUAUACAUGCAUCAAUGAAGCUUGUCAAUAUUGGAUCCAUGAGAGAUGUGCAUCCUUGCCUCUAACCAUCGAAAGGAAAGACCACCAUCACUCUCUCGCUCUUUCAUUUCAUGUCCCACUUGAAUAUAUCAAGUUUGACUACAAAUGUGAUGUUUGCAGCAAAUUUUUGUUCCCCCAAUAUUGGGUAUAUCAUUGUCAACUCUGCAGAUAUAUUGUCCACAUCCAAUGUGCCUUCAACAAGCCGCCUCGUACCAUUAAAAAUGACGCUGAUGCAUCCAAUCGAAAAGACACGAUCCAUCUUCCAACAGACGAGGUGGUUGAGGAACUAAUUACACCCUUUGUGAUGAAACAAAGGGGAGGAAGAACAUUGAUACCACCCAUCAUCCCUCGUGUUGAUGACUUGGUGAAUGCGAAGUAUAAGUUCCGUCAUCACCGACAUAAACUCACUUUAGUCUCAUCAUCCCCUCAUGACCAUCAAAUCGAGGAAGAUGAAGAAGAAGAAGAAGACGAGGAGAAUUAUGGGAAAAGAUCAGAGUUAAUAUGUGACUGCUGCAUCACUCCCAUCUCUUCUUGCUAUAUGAGUUGCAGCGAAUGCAAAUAUAAUCUUCACAUGGCGUGCUUUCACUUGCCACCUCGCAUCUCCUCUCUUCCAAUCCACGAAGAUGAUCACCGGCUACUUCUUCAAUCUCCCAACAAACUUAAACCUUGGAAGUACAAAAGUUGCAGUGUGUGUAAGUAUGAUAUGAAUGGGCUGUUCUAUGCUUGUGUGCAUUGCGACUUCAAAGCAGACGUCAAGUGUGCUUGUAUGCCGGAUACCAUACAUCACACGGCCCACCCGAAGCAUCUCCUCAAGUUUGUGACUAGUUCGGAUAUGUUCCCUAAAUUGUUCUCAUCAACCUUGGUUGUUUCCUUGUUGUGUGCAGCUGGUUGUGGUCUGCCUGCAUGUUUACAUGAUUGCUACAGGUGCAGCAGCAACUCAUGUGAUUUCAUUGUGCACCUUCGUUGCGUUUUGCUGCCGGCAUCAGUGACCAGCUCUAGAUGGGACAAGCACCACCAGCUGCCCUUGACGUACAACGCCACUCUCAACCGUCCCGGUGAUUUCUACUGCGAUCAGUGUGAAACGCAGAUGAAUCCCAAGAGAUGGAUGUAUCAUUGCCGCCACUGCGAUAUAUCCUUCCAUCCAGAUUGCUUCAAAACUACAUCUGGCGAGUGGAGAAACAUCAAGCUGGGGCAGGAGUACGAGAACGACGAAGCUCACCCACACGCUCUCACCUUUCAACUUCUCACCACAAAACGCCGCUGCGACAUUUGUGGUGAGGAUAGGCAUGAGCAAGAAGGGUUUCACUGUGCGUCGUGCAACUUCUUCGUUUGUCUCAAAAACUGCGGUAAAGAAAUGAUCAGAAAUGGAGACAUGAAGGCCGUCCGGCUGAGAGAAAUAUAUGCUUCGAAUCGAUCAAUCAAUCUGAGUAGUUUAUCAUUUGAAAUGAUCAUUAUUCAUGGCUUAAUCUGAGUACAUGAAAACUCUUAUCAUUGAUCGGAGUUUCAAACAUGCAGGCGAAAAUCUGAGGUGUCGAAA